UAAAAGCACCAAGGGAAGAGCAUGACCUGAUAUGUAAAGGCAGACCAUUCCACAAACGAGCGUCUGUGACAGAAAAAGCCCUGUUACCUCUUGAUUUUAACCGUGAUUUAGGAACAGCUAGCUGAAACUGGUUUUCCGACCUGAUUGGUCUCAAUGAAGUGUGCCAGUGAAGAAGUUCACCAAUGCAAGUAGGUGCCAGACCAUUCAAACCUUUAAAAACAAAUGACAAAAACUUGUAUUGAAUCCUAAAUUGGACUGGGAGUCAAUUUUAAGCAAAAGAAUCUUCAUUCUUAAAUGAUCCUGGCAGAUCGGUUCCACAUCAGUUGUUCUUUUAACAUAUUAACUCAAAACGGUGACCUAUUUAAACAAAAAUCCUCUCAAUGUGUUUAACCCACAGACACCCUAAACCAAUCAAAGACGAAGUCUUAUAAAUUUGCUCAGUUAAAAAAUCCAAAAAUCUUGAAAGUACUUUAUAUUUCUGAAUUGUUUAAUUUUGUUUCCUGUUACGGCCAAAAGUCAAAAUGUUUCAAAGUUACUCUGGCAAAUUAUGGUGGUAUCACUACGUAAUGGAGUCUGGUCUCAAAAAGCCUUCCUUACGCUAGAGCAGAUUCAAAAUCCAGAGUUAAAAGCUUUACACCAAUUUAAAAAUGUUGAGCUGUAAAUGGUGCUUGAUUAGUUUAAAUGAGCAGAUCUAAUGUUUAUGUUUACAUACCCUGAGAGAACGGUAUGCACCAAUUCCAUCAAUGAACUUUGUGCCCAAGUGUCUUUACAGAUGUAAUAGAGUUAAAACAAACUGUUUCUUCUUUUAUUCCUUGAACUUUGUGCCUUUUAUUUUAAGGUAUAUGAAUAUGCAUUUCUUUAUUGCAUUGCUGGUGAGGUACCAUAUACAUUCCUUUUGUCACAAAUCUGAAGGGUUUUUAAAAGAAAAAAAUGGUUUAUGGCGAUUCAUGUUCUUCUGACUCAUGUUCACCAUCGGGGCUGAUUGGCACUUAGCAACAGCAUGGUGGUGAUGGUUCAGGGCUGUACCAGGAGAAAAAACAAUAAAAUUUAAGUACCACAAUGUUAUAAAAUGGCAUAAGGGUGCAAUUUCAUUUAUUGUGCCUAAACUUAACUUUGACAAUGGCAUUCUUUAUUUUUCACUCACUCUGUCUUUCAUGUGUUAGCAUUUGGACACUGACCCCAUAAAACAUUUGCAGCAAGUUAAUUAUUUUUCAACAUUUUUUCCUCUAAAUUUUAUAGACCCCAAGCACAUAUUAAAGCUGUAAGCGAUAGAGUUCACUCUUUGUCACUGUGGAUGGAGAGAACAGGCAACCAACAAAAGGAAGGUGUUUAGAAAAAAUGUAUAGAAACGCUCUGAAAUCGUAGCUAACUUUCUCUGAGAAACGUUUGCUCUGCGGCCUCUGGAUUGGAAUCUACACCAUCAUCCCUUUAGGAUCUUACUUUUGAUCACUCAAUUUUGACACCAUGUGCACAUUAGAGCCAGUAUGCCCGGUGAAUGCCACCAUCUGCUCGGGCACGUCUUGCCUGGUGCCCCGUGAUCCAUUCAACGACAUCCUCAGCGUUGUGAUGAGCGUUGCCAUUACCGUCAUGUUGGCCAUGGUUAUGUUUUCAAUGGGCUGCACUGUUGAGGCAAGAAAACUGUGGGCACACGUUCGCAGACCCUGGGGCAUUUUUAUAGGUUUCCUUUGCCAGUUUGGCAUCAUGCCUUUCACAGCCUUUAUACUUUCAUUGCUUUUCAAUGUGCUGCCAGUCCAGGCAGUGGUCAUCAUCAUCAUGGGCUGCUGCCCUGGAGGAUCAAGCUCUAAUGUUUUCUGCUACUGGCUUGAUGGAGACAUGGACUUAAGCAUCAGCAUGACAGCGUGUUCUUCAAUCCUGGCUCUGGGAAUGAUGCCUCUUUGUCUGCUCAUCUACACCACAAUCUGGACUGCAGGCGAUGCGAUCCAGAUUCCUUACGAUAAUAUUGGGAUCACACUGGUGAGUUUGCUUGUGCCUGUCGCUCUUGGGAUGUUAGUGAAACACAAGUGGCCUAAAGCUGCCAAAAAGAUCCUCAAGGUCGGAUCUGUGGUGGGAAUCCUUCUCAUCGUCGUCAUUGCAGUAAUUGGUGGUGUGCUUUAUCAGUCCUCAUGGACCAUUGCUCCUUCGCUUUGGAUCAUUGGUACCAUUUAUCCAUUUAUUGGCUUUGGCCUGGGGUUUCUUUUGGCACGCUUUGUGGGCCAACCUUGGCACAGGUGCCGCACCAUUGCUCUAGAAACAGGCAUGCAGAACUCCCAGCUGGCAAGUACUAUUACACAGUUGUCCUUCAGCCCUGCAGAGCUUGAGGUCAUGUUCGCUUUCCCCUUAAUCUACAGUAUCUUCCAACUGGUUGUGGCUGGGAUUGCAGUGUCAAUUCAUUACUCAAUCAAGCGCUGUAGACAUCAGACGUUGGAGGAGGAGGAUGGGGAAGACACCACUGAGGAUUGUGAUAAGCACAGCUUGGAGAAUGGUGGUUUUAGCUGUGAUGAGAAUGGCAACAAUCAAAACAAGGACAAAGGUACAAAGUUGUGAGCUUAAAAGCGUUCUGCUAGCAGGGUGACACUGACCUACUGUUGACAUGAACUGUGAACAAGCUAUUCAAGCUUAUUUCAAGAGUCAACCCUAGUCAAAACCAAUGAAUGAACUUUUAAAUGCUAUAAAGUGGACAGAAAAAAAAUUGAUGAGUCCUGUCUAAUAGUUUAUAUAUGCAAAACUCUCUGUCUCUCUAUAUUGUGUUUUGUCUUGGGUCUGCAACAUUUAAGUAAAACAUUGUAAAGUCAGUGUAUAUGUUUGAAAGGAUUGCUGUAAUAUACUCCCUUCUCAGAUCUUCUUAAAAAUACAAUUUAUUCCAUCACUGGUAUAAUAAAGCAGUUUACAGUAAUUUAGGGAAACAUACGGUGCAUAUAUACAGUAAGUUGAACGUAAGCUAAUUUAUUCUAAUGUUACUUUGUAUACACAUAAUUGUAAUGGUCUUAAAUGUUUUGCUUUUAAAAAAAUUAUUUAUCUAUUAUGCUGAAAAAUGUUCAAGCUUUUUUUUUAACUGUGUUUGAGCAAUCCACCUACAUGGACCAAAGCAACUGCUUAAAGCAUUUAACUGCUUUAAAUGACCAUGUAAAAGCUGUUGAAAGUUUUAAUGCAGGGUUUUACUUUUUAAUGUGUUAUAUUUAUAUGCAAAACACCCUGAAUAAAUGAAUAUUUAAAUAUGCGAUGUUAGCAUACCAAAGA